AUGUUUCAGAUACUCUCACGGCACUUGUUUGAUCGCAUGAUCACUCAGUUUGCCUUGGCCUGCCAAAAUUUGGGCAUGUCGACGCAUCACUCCAAGCCCGCUGAAGACAAACUCUUGACGUAUCGUUCUGCCUUUGCUGGCAAGACUGUCAAGGUGGGUGGUGCCUUGUGUACAUAUUCUCUCCAAGAAAUACGAGCAACACAUGGAGGAGGUGGCGGCCCUGAAGAGGGAGAGCAGCAUGUGCAAGUCCUCCAAGAAGAAGAAAUGGAGCAACAAGAAGGCUUUCACAAGGCUCAUUAUGGAAGCUCCCGCGACUGGGUCAGUUACUUCCAGGGAAACGUUAAACUCGAGCUUCACAAGGGAGCAGGGUGCAGCCAACAGGUCAACCAGCAUGUCACCCAAGAAAUCUGAGGGCAAGGACUUUCAAGGCUGGCCAGUAGGCAAGCCUUCCCCAAAGAGGCCUCGACUCGAUCGUGUCCAUGGGACCACUGUUUUUCACUUUCAAAACUUUUA